AAUGGCGACGCAAACUUCACUUGACAGUGUGCACGCAGCCAGGGCCACGCCCCUGAAGAAUGACUGUUGACAGAGAGGUGCGCGCUCCCGGAAGGUGCAAGCCCGAGGUGUGCGCGCAUGGUCCGAACGUUCCCCGGGAAUUCCGCGCAGCUGGGAACGCGCGCAUCCUUCUUUCCCGUUCUUUGAGCAGCGAAUAGGAACGGACAGUCGGCCGUCAUUCAUUCGCCUCUGUGCGCAGCAUAGACAUGAGUGUGGAAGCUGUUCAGGUGCUAUCGGAUUUCCAGCUGGGAUAAUAAGGACUGCAAGGAAGGGGGGUGUUUCCCCUUCUUCCUCUCCAUGUCCGCCCCGCAACACUACUGCUGUCCCCAGUAAAUGGUUCUUUUGGUAAAUACUGAGCUUCUACUCUGCUGCCAUGUCUUCUCACCAUGCCGUGCACCCAGAGACUCGCAAGUUCACCCGGGCGCUGAGCAAGCCAGGCACCGCCGCGGAGCUCCGACAGAGUGUAUCAGAGGUGGUGCGGGGCUCCGUACUUAUGGCAAAGCCAAAGCUGAUUGAACCCAUAGACUAUGAAAAUGUGAUUGUUCAGAAGAAAACCCAGAUCCUGAAUGAUGCAUUACGAGAGAUGCUCUUGUUCCCCUAUGAUGACUUUCAGAUAGCAACACUAAGGCGGCAAGGCCGGUAUAUAUGCACAACAGUCCCUGAAAAUGCAGAGAAAGAAGCACAGAGCCUGUUUGUCACAGAGUGUAUUAGAACGUAUAAUUCCGAUUGGCAUGUGGUCACCUAUAAACAUGAAGAUUACUCAGGAGAUUUCCGGCAGCUACCUGGCAAAGGAGUCAAACCAGAAAAACUACCAGUACAUGUGUAUGAGGUUGAUGAAGAUGCAGACAAAGAUGAGGACGCUGCUUCUCUUGGGUCUCAAAAGGGUGGAAUCACAAAGCAGGGGUGGCUGUACAAAGGAAACAUGAAUAGUGCAAUAAGUGUGACCAUGAGGUCUUUCAAAAGAAGGUUCUUCCACCUGAUACAGCUAGGAGAUGGUUCAUAUAAUCUAAAUUUCUACAAAGAUGAGAAGAUCUCCAAGGAGCCUAAAGGGUCAAUAUUCCUUGAUUCCUGUAUGGGAGUGGUGCAGAACAAUAGGGUCCGGCGCUUUGCUUUUGAGUUAAAGAUGCAGGACAAAAGCAGUUAUCUUUUGGCUGCAGACAGUGAUGCAGAAAUGGAAGACUGGAUAAGCACGCUAAACAAAAUCCUGCAACUGAACUUUGAAGCUGCAAUGCAAGAAAAAAGGAAUGGGGAGGCUCACGAAGAUGAUGAACAGAGCAAAUUUGAAAAUUCAUCCUCUAGUCUAGAUAGCUAUCUUCAAGAAAAGAGCCCCAGAGAUCCAGAGACCAAGCUAAAAAAUGAAAGCAGAGUGAAACUGUUUGCCUUGGAUUCUGACACACAGAAACUUGAUUUUUCAGGAAUUGAGCCAGAGGUAAAACCUUUUGAAGAGAAGUUUGGCAAAAGAAUUUUAGUGAAGUGCAAUGACUUAGCAUUCAAUCUCCAGAGCUGUGUUGCUGAAAAUGAAGAGGGACCAACAACAAAUGUUGAACCUUUCUUUGUCACUUUAUCGCUGUUCGAUAUUAAAACCAACCGGAAGAUAUCAGCUGACUUUCCUGUUGAUUUAAACCAUGCCUCUGUGAGGCAAAUGAUUUGUGCCCAUUCCCAGCAGCUCUUAAACGGUGGUGGGGAUGUCAGCCAAUCAAUCCUAGGAUCUAUUCAAGAGUCCAUGCUGCAGUAUCCCAAACAGGGCAUAUUCUCUGUUACUUGUCCCCAUACUGAUAUCUUCCUUGUGGCCAGAAUAGAAAAGGUCCUUCAAGGCAGCAUUGCUCACUGCGCAGAACCAUACAUGAAAAGCUCAGACUCUGCAAAGGUUGCACAGAAGGUUUUGAAAAAUGCUAAACAGGCAUGUAGUAGGCUUGGCCAGUACCGGAUGCCAUUUGCUUGGGCAGCAAGAUCAUUGUUUAAGGAUUCAAACGGAACACUGGACAAAAAUGCAAGAUUUUCUGCAAUCUACAGACAGGACAGCAACAAAAUUUCAAAUGAAGACAUGCUUAAGCUGCUUGCUGAUUUUCGAAAACCUGAGAAAAUGGCCAAGCUUCCAGUUAUUUUAGGAAAUUUAGACAUUACAAUCGACAAUGUAUCUCCUGACUUUCCAAACUAUGUUAACUCCUCAUACAUUCCCAUGAAACAGUUUGAGAACAGUGCAGAGACAACAGUAACUUUUGAAGUAGAAGAAUUUGUACCCUGCAUACCUAAACACACCCAGCCUUUCACCAUUUACAACAAUCACUUGUAUGUUUACCCAAAGCACUUGAAAUAUGAUGGUCAAAAGGCAUUUGCCAAGGCAAGAAAUAUUGCAUUGUCUAUUGAAUUCAGAGAUGCAGAUGAUGAGGAAUCACAGCCAUUAAAGUGUAUAUAUGGAAGACCUGGGGGGCCUCUUUUUGUGAAAAAUGCACUAGCCUCUGUUUUGCAUCAUCAGCAGAAUCCUGAAUUUUAUGAUGAGAUUAAAAUUGAACUUCCAACACAACUCCAUGAAAAGCACCAUUUGUUGUUUACUUUUUUCCAUGUCAGCUGUGAUACUUCAAGCAAAGGAGGUACAAAGAAGAGAGAUGUUAUAGAAAGCCAAGUUGGAUAUGCCUGGUUGCCCUUGCUUAAAGAUGGCCGCGUGGUGACAAAUGAGCAGAACAUCCCUGUGUCUGCUAACCUUCCAGCUGGAUACCUUGGAUAUCAGGAACUUGGAAUGGGAAAGCAUUCUGGCCCUGAGAUAAAGUGGGUUGAUGGAGCCAAACCACUACUGAAGGUUGCUACCCAUUUGGUAUCUACAGUUUAUGCACAGGACCUGCACUUGCACAAUUUUUUUCAGUAUUGUCAGAAAACGGAAUCUGGAGUACAAGCUGUAGGGAGUGACCUUGUUAAGUAUUUAAAGGGCCUUCAUGCAAUGGAAGGGCAUGUAAUGAUAGCAUUCCUGCCUACCGUACUGAACCAGAUGUGCAGAGUCCUGACCCGGGCUACACAAGAAGAGGUUGCAGUCAAUGUUACAAGGGUUAUUAUCCACGUGGUUGCUCUGUGCCAUGAAGAGGGUUUGGAGAGCUACCUUAGAUCCUAUGUUAAGUACGUCUACAAGGCUGAGCCUUACAUCACUUCAGAAUGCAAGACCAUGCAUGAAGAGCUGGCAAAGUCUAUGACAACAAUCCUAAAGCCGUCUGCAGAUUUUCUAACUAGCAAUAAGCUGCUUAAGUAUUCCUGGUUUUUCUUUGAAGUCCUAAUAAAGUCAAUGGCACAACACCUUGUUGAGAAUUCAAAAGUAAAAUUACUACGAAACCAAAGAUUCCCAGCUUCAUUUCAUCAUGCCGUCGAAACAUUAGUGAACAUGCUUAUGCCGCAUAUUACACAAAAAUACAAGGAAAUUCCUGAGGCUUCUAGGAAUGCCAAUCACAGUUUGGCUUUCUUCAUCAAGAGAUGCUUCACAUUUAUGGACCGAGGUUUUGUUUUUAAACAAAUUAACAACUAUAUGAGUUUUUUUGCACCUGGGGAUCCAAAGACUCUCUUUGAAUACAAGUUUGAAUUUUUUCGAGUUGUCUGCAAUCAUGAACACUACAUUCCUCUAAAUUUGCCAAUGCCAUUUGGUAAAGGCCGGAUCCACCGAUAUCAAGAUCUGCAGCUUGACUAUACUCUGACAGAUGACUUCUGCAAGAAUCAUUUCUUAGUGGGCCUCCUCCUUCGGGAGGUAGGGAGUGCCUUACAGGAAUUCAGAGACAUCAGACAGAUUGCAAUCAGUGUCCUGAAAGGCUUGAUGAUAAAGCAUUCCUUUGAUGAUCGUUAUUCUUCCAGGAGUCAACAGGCAAGACUAGCCACACUCUACCUUCCUUUGUUUGGCCUUCUAAUUGAGAAUGUACAGCGGAUUAAUGUGAAAGAUACUUCUCCAUUUCCUGUAGCCCAUAAUAGCAUGAAAGAUGAAACACUUUCAACUGUGACUUCUGCAAACCCAUUGGUGACACCUCAAAAACCAGGCAACACAUUGGAUAACAACCUACAUAAAGAUCUUUUUGGUGUUAUUUCUGGAACAGCUUCACCACAUACCUCAUCUACUCCCAACAUAAACAGUGUGAGAAAUGCAGACUCCAGAGGAUCCCUCAUUAGCACUGACUCAGGAAACAGUCUUCCAGAAAGAAAUAGUGACAAGAGUAGUUCUCUAGACAAGCAUGGUGGUUCUUUAGGCAACUCCUUAGUACGCUGCGACAAGUUGGAGCAAUCAGAAAUUAAAAGCCUAUUAAUGUCUUUUCUUCAUAUCCUGAAAAGCAUGUCAGAUGAUGCAUUAUUUACUUAUUGGAACAAAGCAUCUACAUCAGAACUGAUGGAUUUUUUCACAAUAUCUGAAGUAUGUUUGCAUCAGUUCCAGUACAUGGGGAAGAGAUACAUAGCCAGGAACCAGGAAGGGUUGGGACCCAUAGUUCAUGACCGAAAAUCUCAGACAUUACCUGUUUCCCGUAACAGAACAGGAAUGAUGCAUGCCAGAUUGCAGCAGCUCAGCAGCCUGGAUAACUCUCUCACUUUUAACCACAGCUACGGCCAUUCGGAUGCAGAUAUUCUUCACCAGUCCUCACUUGAAGCAAACAUAGCUACUGAAGUAUGCCUUACAAUACUGGACACUUUGUCACUUUUCACCAUGGCUUUUAAGAACCAACUUCUUGCUGAUCAUGGACACAAUCCACUGAUGAAAAAGGUUUUCGAUGUUUACCUUUGCUUUCUUCAGAAAAACCAGUCAGAAACGGCUUUAAAGAACGUUUUUACUGCUUUAAGAUGUCUAAUAUAUAAGUUUCCCUCAACAUUUUAUGAAGGAAGAGCUGACAUGUGUGCUGCCCUGUGCUAUGAAAUCCUCAAGUGCUGCAACUCCAAAUUAAGCUCCAUUAGAACAGAUGCCUCUCAACUCCUCUAUUUCCUAAUGAGAAAUAACUUUGAGUACACUGGAAAGAAAUCUUUUGUCAGAACACACCUGCAGGUUAUAAUCUCAGUAAGUCAGCUGAUAGCAGAUGUGGUUGGUAUUGGUGGCACAAGGUUCCAGCAGUCACUCUCCAUCAUCAACAAUUGUGCCAACAGCGACAGGCUCAUUAAGCACACUUCCUUCUCCUCUGAUGUUAAAGAUCUGACAAAAAGGAUCCGUACAGUCUUGAUGGCUACGGCUCAGAUGAAAGAACAUGAGAAUGACCCAGAAAUGUUGGUGGACCUGCAGUACAGUCUAGCCAAGUCAUAUGCUAGCACACCUGAACUGAGGAAGACCUGGCUUGACAGCAUGGCAAGAAUCCAUGUGAAGCAUGGAGAUCUAUCAGAGGCAGCAAUGUGCUAUGUGCAUGUAGCAGCUUUAGUAUCAGAGUACCUCACACGGAAAGGAAUGUUCAGGCAAGGAUGUUCCACAUUCAGGGUGAUUACUCCAAACAUUGAUGAAGAAGCUUCUAUGAUGGAGGAUGUAGGGAUGCAAGAUGUUCACUUUAAUGAGGAUGUACUGAUGGAGCUCCUGGAACAGUGUGCAGAUGGGCUCUGGAAAGCUGAGCGUUAUGAGUUAAUUGCUGACAUCUAUAAAAUCAUCAUUCCUAUUUAUGAAAAGCGCAGAGAUUUUGAGAGACUUGCACAUUUGUAUGAUACACUACAUCGUGCCUACAGCAAAGUCACAGAGGUCAUGCACACAGGCAAGAGGCUUCUGGGAACAUAUUUUAGAGUGGCAUUUUUUGGACAAGCGGCGCAAUACCAGUUUACAGACAGUGAAACAGAUGUGGAGGGAUUCUUUGAGGAUGAAGAUGGGAAGGAAUACAUUUACAAGGAGCCAAAAUUGACACCCCUUUCAGAAAUUUCUCAGCGAUUGCAGAAACUCUACUCUGACAAAUUUGGCUCAGAAAAUGUCAAAAUGAUACAGGAUUCUGGCAAGGUAAAUCCAAAGGAUUUAGAUUCCAAAUAUGCUUAUAUCCAAGUGACCCAUGUCACACCAUACUUUGAGGAGAAGGAACUGCAAGAAAGGAAAACAGAGUUUGAGAAGAGUCACAAUAUCCGCCGAUUUGUGUUUGAAAUGCCAUUCACUCUGUCUGGAAAACGCCAAGGUGGUGUGGAGGAACAGUGGAAACGACGCACUAUACUGACAGCAAUACAUUGUUUCCCAUAUGUGAAAAAGCGCAUUCCUGUGAUGUAUCAACAUCAUACCGAUCUCAAUCCAAUAGAGGUUGCCAUCGAUGAAAUGAGUAAGAAGGUGGCAGAGCUCAGGCAACUGUGUUCCUCUUCUGAAGUCGACAUGAUCAAGUUACAGUUAAAACUUCAGGGCAGUGUCAGUGUACAGGUAAAUGCUGGACCUUUGGCUUAUGCAAGAGUUUUCUUGGAUGACACCAACACCAAAAAAUAUGCAGACAACAAAAUUAAACAACUGAAGGAGGUUUUCAGGCAAUUUGUUGAAGCUUGUGGUCAGGCAUUAUGUGUCAAUGAAAGACUUAUUAAGGAAAAUCAGUUUGAAUAUCAAGAAGAGAUGAAAGCAAACUACAGGGAGAUGGUUAAAGAGCUUUCAGAAAUAAUGCAUGAACAGAUUUGGUGCGGAGAAGAGAAGAUCAGUGUUAUGCCGAAUUCACUUCACAUUUUCAAUGCCAUAAGUGGAACUCCUACAGGAACAACUGUACAUGGAAUGACAAGCUCCUCCUCAGUUGCAUGAGUCUGUUUGCUUUUACUUCUAGAAGCCUAUCUCACGGCUAUCUCAGGAUGUAUUCCAGAAUUUUGACUCAAAAGGAAAAGCUGGCUUGUUCCAACUACCAUACUGCACGCUAAUGGGAGCCAAAACAUCACUUCUUGAAUAAAAGGUCAAGCUAAGCCAGUUUUUCAAACAUAGCCACCCCAUGUGUUCAACACCAUCUUCUUCUGUAUGCUGAAUCCUGGUGUUCAACCAUUGGGGGGCUGACAAUUUUCACCAAGCCUGCUAGGAUUUGAUGUAAUCAUUUGGCAAUACUGACUUUUUACCAGUGUAAAAGAAGUAUAUAUUGUAUUAUUUUUCUGCUCGCUAUAUAAAAAUGGUUAUAAAUAAAACAGAGUGACAAGGAAUAGCACAUUAGGUAUAGUUUAGUAGAUGUCAAGAAAUGUACAGUAUAUUAGUAAAUGUUACACUAAAGUUUACAUGUUAGCUAUGUGACCAAGCACAGAUGUAAGUCUUAACUCUAUCAGGGCUUCCCCUUUCAUAUUUUAAACCCCUCUGUUUCCAUUUCAUUUCUUAUUCCCGCCCCCAACAAAUUGCCUUUUAUUUUGCCUAAAAACCCAGAAAAAAUAUAUAUAACAUUCACACAACGGAUUCCUUGCUUUCCUGCAUUAGGUCACAUUAUUAGUCGGAAAGCUUUUAGAGAAAGUAUCUAACGUUUUAUCGCUGCACAGAUAGGAAUUGCUUUUGCAGUUUUGCUCAGCGCAGAUGUUACUGGGUCGCUGCAAUGUACAUAUUAUUAUAUUAAUCAAUGCAGCCCAUUGUUUCUGUACAUAAAUGUCUUAUAUUUCUAUGCAUUUUUUAACGUUCAUCGCUAGAACUUUUAUUGUGACAAAAAUGUGCUUAUUCAUUUUACUUGCUAUAUAUAUUUUUGUCUUCACAGUCUAUUCUUGUACAUAAAGGAGUGCAAUACAAAGAUGUACACAGUCUUUGCUAUCCUAAGUUUAUACACUGUUAAAAAACAAAUUUGAAAAAAAAAAUUCCCCCCACCCCUCUCUUUUUUGCCAAAGCAAAGAGUAUGUCAGUGGUCAUGAUUACUGUGGUAAAUGGUGAUGUUAUUUAAAGAUUUGAUCUUAUUGUUCUUUCAAGAUAUUAAUUUAGUAAUUUUAUAUUUGGGGAAUGAAUAAAGGUUUUUAAUUUUAUUUAACUGGAAACACUGUCCUGCUGUAAGUAAUAUUCUGUACUACACCCGUAUUAAAAGAAAAUACUAAUUUC